AAAGUGAGAAAGAAACGACGGGACAUAAAGAGAAAACGAAUAAUCGAACAAUAAUCGUGUACGUGCGUUGAGUGCAAACAAAAUUUGGAUCGAUCCAAGAUCGAGAAAUUAUAUUAUUUAGUGAUAUAAGAACGGUGAUCGGCGUGGAAGAGUGUGCGUGAAGAUGAAGCAGCCGCUGGCAGAUUUGCCGGCACGGUGUCGGUGUUGAGACACUGGACCCGGUCUCUGUGUCCGGGCGUGUCUUCGGCAUCGAGUCCGAAAUCGGCACCGGCUACAGCCGAUAUGAGUUCGAAAUUCAUAAUCGAUAGUAUGCUACCUAAGUACCACCAACAGUUCCAUCAUCAACAGUUGUUCUCGAGCGCGAACCCCGGCACGAUCCAGGCGUGUACGACAAGUCCGGCCACCGCAAGUUUAGAAUCGAGUUUAUCCGCGGCUGCAGUCGCGGCCGCGGCAGUGAAUUACGCGCAACAGCACAAUUCUCCUAGCCCGACGGGCUCGAGUCCACAGCACUCAGGAAGUUCAGCCUCUACGUCACCGGCUGCACGUACCACCUCUAGCAUGUAUCCAUACGUAUCGGCGGCAGCGGCGCACCAUCAUCAUCAGCAACAACAAGCGGUAGCGGCAGCGGCCUUCGGUGCCACGUCCAGCAUGGUGCCAGGCUUCGGUUCGACCGCGGCUUCGAGCGCCGCGUUGGCCGCGGCCGCGGCUGUCGACGCCGCCACCGCCGGUGACAAAUCUUGCCGUUAUACCGCCAGUCUUACCGGAAAUGUCGCACCAACGUCCGCCGAUCCCAUGGUAAAUUAUACCCUUGGUCAUCAUCAUCAGAACGGCGCUACACCUGGUAGCCUGGUCUCGUCCGCAUCAGCCUCGUCGGCAGUUUCCGCUGCGUCCGCCUCCAUGGCUGCAGCUGCACAAUUCUAUCAUCAGGCCGCCGCUGCAUCGGCUGUCGUUGAUCCUUUGACAUCAUGCCAACAACCUACCACCGGACAACCCGGCAUCUCGGACAUACCACGAUAUCCAUGGAUGUCAAUCACCGAUUGGAUGAGCCCGUUCGACAGAGUCGUGUGCGGCAAAUCUGCGUUUUUGACGUUUCCAGGGCCGAACGGUUGUCCGAGGCGUAGGGGUCGACAGACGUACACACGGUUCCAGACGCUGGAGUUGGAAAAGGAAUUUCACUUCAACCAUUACCUGACGCGACGGCGACGAAUAGAAAUUGCGCACGCCCUUUGCCUCACGGAACGACAGAUCAAGAUCUGGUUCCAAAAUCGGCGGAUGAAGCUGAAGAAGGAGUUGAGGGCGGUGAAAGAGAUCAACGAGCAGGCCAGGCGGGAACGGGAGGAACAGGACAUGAUGAAGAAGCAGCAGGCUGAGAAGCAGGCGAAGAUACAGCAGGAGCAGCAGAACGCCGCGCUGCAGCAUCAGCAGCAACAUCACGUGAGCGGUCUCGACAAGACGCAGAGCGAUCUUCUGAAGGCGGUCAGUAAGGUGCCCACAUAGGAGACUUUGCUAGGCCGGUUGUCUUUCUUUUAAAGAAGAAACAAGAGACUGGACGCAGCCUAGACGCAUACAUCGAAGCGAAGUAGCUGAUAAGAGGUUGGCCAAACGUGUAGAGAGAGAGAGAGAGAGAGAGAGAAAGAGAGAGAGAGAGAGAGAGAGAAAUCGAACUAACGCGGGCAAGCACGAAAAAUGCACCUCUUCUUGCUCUUCCGGCGUGAACCGACUAGGACACGAAGGCCUGUCUCUUCGGGACUUCUUUUUCCUCCCGCUCUCUUGACUGAGAAGAAGGUGUUCUCGCGUACUUUACGUAGUACGCGUACUACGAAGACUUUAUCGAGUGAUCUCUGUUCUCUUGUUUUCGUAUCGAGUUUUAAAGAGAAGAAAGGGAAACGGAGAGGAAACGCAGUAGAGGACGGUUUUACGAAGGCGAACGAUUACGACUCGGAGUAACGACAAUAGCGCAGCGUGUUGUGCCAUUGCCCCUCUCCGAUGAGACUCGGCGUCGAUAAGAGGCAGAGACGCGCGGGGAUCGCAAAGGUUGCGGAGGAAACGAGGGAACCGAGAGAGAAAAGCGCGCAACGAUGUUUGAAGUUGUCUGUCUCUUUUGUUUUUUACGGAAGAAGAAAGGAACGAAGGAGAAAUGGGAUGCGGAAGAAGUAAUCGUAGUCGUUAGAAAACAAAGAGAGAGAGAGAGAGAGAGAGAGAGAGAGGAGCGUAGUAGAAAAGCGAAGCGUAUAAAAGAAGCGAGAAGCACACCCUCAAAAAAAAGAAAAAACGGAAAAAGAUAUUUAAAAAAAAAAAAAACACUACGUACUUAUUUGGCUGGGCCAAAAGGAAGGACCUAGCCUGUGACUGAUUCCUAGAGCGUAUAAUGUAAUAAUUGUUAAUCGGGCGCGACGAGUCAUCGCGAUUGCCGGGUGAUGAACAGCGGGGAUGAUCGGUUGGCGCGAUAACUGCCACACAGACAUACACGAGGAGCAGCCAACGAUCGCGCGUCGGAAACCGACGAACUAGAAUUAGCUGGAACGAGGAGAGGCCGAAGGAUUAACGCCGCCCUGCCGUAUAACGGAAGAUCUCGUGUACGGCAGCGCCGACGAGACGAUCAAUUAAUACCGACGGAGGAGUGGUAGGGAGUAAUUAAACGAGGCUGUCGAAGAAUUCGUCUAAUUCCGCCGAACGAUCAAAACGGAGGGAAAAAAAGGGGGGACACGAAACUCGUUGCUCUCCGCCAUGCCAUGGAACAUGGACGAUCGCGGGCCUGACCUUUUCAAAUUUCUCUAUUUCAACUUUGAUCGAUUAUUCUAAUUACCUCUCAUUCGCCAUACGACAGUUACCAACGUUGAUCAUCGCGAUAUCUUUUCUUCGCAUCUAUAUCGGAACGUCUACGUAUAUCUGAUAGCUUUCUCCGAAAUAUUCCGAUCAAAGUUUAGUUGGUCGAAGAGAGUUUCUCUAUUGCCGAUAGAAGGAUACGGCGAGAGGAUGAGUGAAAAUCGAAUAUCACGGUAGAUCGGAUGUAGCUUGUUGUUCGGGGAUGAACCGAUAACGCGGGGUAACUCGCGUUACGAUUAGUCUGGCGCGAGCGAAUGAGCGGCGGAAAGGAUGGCAAACGGAUCGUAUCGGAGAACUCUGGACGCCGUCGUUAAAACAUAACAUACCUAUCGCGCGAUUGCGGACUUUGAAUACCUCGGAUAGCUCGUUCGGAUACCGCGCUUCUUACCGAUUAUAACGAAACUAGCGGCGCAUGCAUUCGACUGUAUGCGCACGAGCAAUUUCGUGCCGCUGGCCGACUUCUUUCCACGAGAGAGGAAUUUAGUGGUACAAAUCGAUGCCAUUUGCCGAGGUCCUUUUCCACAGUUAAUUAACCGUGGUUUACGCUCGUGAUUGCCUCUUCGAGACUUCGCGUUGUAAUUAGGUAAAUUAACGUGGCUCCCGAUAAUAUUUCUGCCAUUUCUGACGUCCGUGCCGACUACGCCAGAUCUGCUCUCGCUGACGCAAAUAUCCUUUAACCGUUCUAACCGAACCCGUUGCGGAUCGGUGUGUUUCCUUCGGUUUUUCGUUUCUCUUUUUCCUUUCUAUACAUUCUUUUCGUACGUUUCUUCGACCCGGAUCGGCCAUGUUCUCUCGCGAAACGUUGAAAAAGAUCGGCGUUGGAACGCGUCGUUGCUUCGAUUGGUAUUCCUUCAACGAUAAAUUCUCUCUUUUCUAAAACUGAAUGCCCGUCGGUUCCUCUCGAUUGGUACCAGAGGUAUUGGUCCAGAGGAACCCCGAGGCGCGGAAAUUUAUUUUUUUACGAGGAAAUUUGACGAAACCACGAUGAGCGAUGAAGCGUUGCACGAAGAUGUUGGGAAAUCUGACGAAACUAUACGGGGGAAAGAUCGUUGAUCAAACAGAAAACGAGAUUAUUAUUCUCCAUGUAUUUUUUCGAUCUCUCAAUAACGAUGUUUUAAACUAUCUUGAUUAACGAACGUUUCAAACGUUCGACAACGCCGUUCAUUCCGAUAAACCCGACCAGUACGACUGUGUUUCGAGUGAAAAAUUGAAACGUUUCAGGUAGUAGUAGUCGAUUUCGGGAGUGGCUGACUCGUCGAUCGGCAUUCACAUUCAUUUAUCGCUUCAGUUAGAUCUCAGAUGAUAUCGCGCAAGGUAUCGCUAAGGCUUUUACUAAUACAAGAUAACUUGUAUGAAAGCAGCACGUUUUCCAUAUUAUCUAAGAUAAUUUAUCGUUACGCUAUUGGCGAGGAUCAUCGUUUAAUCGGGUCGCGGUCACGAUCCAUGACCGAUCCCGCGACCAUUUCGAACGCGACCUUCUUCCAGGAGAAAUUUAUUUUCCAACUACGAUUGUUUUUUUCUUUCUUCUUUUCAUACUUCUUCCUUCUUAAUAACGUUAUUCGCUCAUUUCGCGUUGACACAUGUUAAUUUUUGUCUGUUAAUUUUACGUAGUGUUAUCAUAGUUAUAUCGAGCAUAUUAUAUAUAGCCGUGUUAAUUCGAGUAUCGAAAUCGUUGAAAAUGAACAGAUGAUUAUUUCGUUCUGUUCCUUCCAUCUUUUUCCUUCUUUCUUUUUUCUUUUUUCUUUUUUUUUUUCUUGGUCAAUUCUUUCGUGUAUCGUACAUCGAUUUGUUAUUUCCGCGUCCGAGUAUCUCUGUCAGUUACGCUUUCGCGUCCAGCAUCACGGGACAGCAAGGUGCCUCCGCGGACGAUAAUCGAACGUACGAGUGGCCGUAGUAGAACGGAAAAGGGGCGAGAAAAUCGGGGAAAAAAAGAGAAGAAAACGGGAGUACGCCAGAGAGAGAGAGAGAGAGAGAACGAACUUCUAAAUACACGCAAGAGAUUUUUACGCAAACAAAGACACAUCACCGGACGAGUAUCUCACUCUUAGUACAUUAAAUACGUAAUUUGGUGUCAGGGUAGACCUUUUUCCAUAGAUAUAGAAGCCGUUGUUGCUAUUUACUUACGUAGAAUUCGUAACGACGAAGAGGACUAGCAAGGGAAACCGAGAAAGAAAUGCCGAUCUUUCAGAUUAUAUAAAUUAUUACCUAAUUAUUUUUUUCUCCUCCCCGUUAAUGUCGAUCCGUACAAAAUAUUCCUCCGCCAUAUUCCACGAUUAUCGAUUCGGAUGCCGACCGGUUUUUAAUAUCGUUUAUCAGGAAACAGUUUAGAUUGUAUCGUCGUUGUUAUUUCGUCUUCCGUAAGUUGAUCUUCACGGAGAACAGAUCGUCUCUCGAGACUUCCGCGUCGAAAAUUUCUCGUUCGCCAUUCCAUGUUCCUGUCGAACGUUCUUUUCUUUAUCUUUUACUCGCGAUUUCCAGCGAUUCCGUUGGUUUUGAAAAUUUCGAAAGAAAUUGGUCGACUGCUUAUCGAUCUGUUUGAGAAAGAGGUACGACGAAUCGUUGAGGCACUGCAAACAAACGCAUAUACGUAACUCGAACCAAGAAAAACCGUGCGAGAUUUGUUUUCCAGUAAGGCGGAGGAUCUGUUGUACGAAUCGCGCAAUGACCAUCUAUUGUAAAAUCAUAGUGUACACAAUACCGUAUUAUAUAUUGUUAAAAAUAACGAGUACGUUAUAUAUAUAUAUAUAUAUAUAUACACAUAAAUAUAUAUGUAUAUGAACAAAAGGGGAAGAAAAUUUGUUCUGCCGUGCUCGGAAGACAGACAAACAAAUAGAAAAAAAAAAAGAAAGAUUUUGAUAGUAGUAUCAUAAUGAAAAUGAAAUUUAGAAUACGUAUGACGUACGUAAAAGUACAUACAAAGCAGAAAAUUAGUAGAAAAAGAAGAAAUGAAAAAAAAAAAGAAUCUACGCGACAAAAGAAUAGGAAGCAGGAAAAAAUAAGAUUUUGUUAAAUCGAAGGGAGGAAAGGAACAAUUUUUAGAUCAGCUAGAGCAGCUAUUAUUAUAUAGUGAAAAAGUAAAGAAUAAAUAGACGUCCGUAAUCAAGGUGAAAUCGCAUCGUUUUUAGGGGGAAAAUCUAAGGAAAAGUAAUAUUGAGCGAGCGAGAGACCGAAAGAGAGAGGGAGAGAGAGAGAGAGAGAGAAAGGAAGAGAGAAAGAGAGAGUGAAUGAAUGGAUAAAAAACCGUAUUCAUAUUAAUACUAUACCGCUAAUUACCUAAAGUACUAUUAUACAUAAAUAUCGCCGUACGUAAAGUAACGAUUAAGCUGAGCAUGCGAGUUUACUCACGAGAUGUACUCAUGUAAACUAUCUCCAUCCACCUUCAUCCCCACCCGUCCCCUUCUUGCUCCUUCAACCUCCACGCCACCUUCCUCAGACCUCCACAUAGAGAAUAUACCUCUGCAUACCGUAAUUGUAACGAUGUCUUAAACGUGUAACGAGCAAGAUAAACGAAAGCGAAGAAAAAAGGAAUAUUACGUUUACGCGAACGACAUAGAAUAUAAAAUAUAAUAAGAUACGGUAGGAUAUACGGUUCAGUUGAUGGGAACGGAACGUUCCGAGGGAACGGGAUACUCGGAAAAAUAUAUAGUUGCCGCUGGGUCCCAAUUAAUACUGACGCAGUUCGAUGAACACAGCCAACGACGACGAUGACGACGACGACGACGACGACGACGACGUUGAUAGUUAAGAGAAUGGACGAGACGCGUAUUCGAUCAUGCUAGAAUCGAAUUCAUGGAACCGAAUAGUUUGCUCGGUGAAUCGUUGACUUGUUUCUUCCAUAUUUUGCUUUCCUAUAUGUUAUUUCUACAAUUUUUGUUUGCUUUUUGUUUCUUCCAACGACGAACAAUCAGUUGAACACCUUCGACGAAUUUUCCGAAAGACGAAGCUCGUGGCUCGCUCGAAGGAAUCUGAACGAAGAAUCGCGUACUCGGCUACUUGGAAAGUCCGUGUUUCCUCGCGAUUCUCGUUUCUGUUCGCGUGCGACGUUAGCGCGGUUUACUUCUUACGAUUUGGCCAGCGUGCGUAACGUUGUAUUAUUGCGACUUCUGGCGAAGCAACUAUACCUUCUUCGGAGCAGGAUCGAGGAGAAUCGACGCACGUGGCCGUAGCGAUGUAGAAGCGGAGAGAACUGUGAGAAAAAUUGUCGACGCACGCAAGUCGUAUAUCGGUUCCGGUCCGCGUAAUCUCAGUUACGGAAUUUAACGCGGUAGCGAUAUAAACGCGCGACCUUGAUCGGCGUGAUACGUUGUUCGUGAUGCAUUUCGUGCUGCCGGUUUAAGGUUAUUUCUGUUCUAUAUCGACAGUUUUCGGACGGAAAGUAAUAAAAGGAAGGUGUGCGAUCGCGCCUCAAUCUUCUUCGGCUCAAUGUAUACGUAAAAAGAAAUACGAAUGUGAAAGAGAAAAAGAUGAAUGGAAAAGGGAACUGAGGACGUUUAAUGGAAAGGGGGAGAGAAAUUUUUUACGGGGGAAAAAAAAAAGAACAUUAAAGAAGGGAAAAGAUGCACGUGACGCGAUCGAGUGCCGAGAAUCGGUGUAACUAUUUGUAGAAAAGCUUUACACGUGACUCUAUUUACGAAUUAUUAAUAUUAAUAUUAUUAUUAUCGAUAAUAUUAUCGACGACACUAUUUUUAUUAUUUUUAUUACUACAUAGCAUAGUUACGUUUUGUUUUGAAUGUUAAUACCGUUUGCGUGUACAGAGUCUGUUUUUUAAAACGACUUAAGUGACGCGGCUGGCCAGGAAACGUGGUUAGCGGAAGUGGCGGCGCCGAUACGUCCGACAAAUUAGGGAUAUACGUAACGCGUACUAAGUAUAAUUAAUUAUCAUUAUUAAUUAGCUGAGAAGUUUGUACAGUAAUCGCAACGGUGAGAUUCGUAGCGACCAUGUUAUAUACGUACGUAUGUAUUAAGUCUUUAAUCGUUAGUGACUGCGGUUCGAAAGGAAAGAAAAAGAAAAAAGAAGAAAAAAAUUCAAUGUAGCUGUGUGUGUGACGCGCAUAUUCACACGAGCCUCUCGCCGAGAAAGCAGCGUCGAGUGUUUCGACUAAACGAACGAACGAUUUGGGAACCUAGGCGUUUCCGCUUUCCACUCAUCUGCUCGGCUCGCUCCAUUCGGGACCCUAGUAACCGAAUUCCGUUUAUUCGACGUUUUUCCUUGAACCGUGUUGCCCGUUCAUCCUCGAAGGAUAAGUCGCGCUGAGACGUGCCUCGACUGCGUGCCGUCCUCUCGUUGUUUCUAAUCGUAAUCCCAUUGACGAACAGUCUCGAACAACCGAUCGUUCGUCGCGUGUUGCCAGUUGUUUACGUUACGUCGUUUCGUUGCAUCGUUUCCAUUGUUUUCUCUUUUAUAAGCGUUCGUGUUGAUCGUCCACAUUAUCGUCUAUUUUUGCCCCCCUCUGUUUUAAGUUUCGUUGCGAGUACUUUACGUUCCCGGUGAUAUACUCAGUGUCGCCGAUUUGUUACGGGAAUUGACGUUAAUUUUAUGAGAUUAAUGAAGCGUGGCGCGUCGGAGAAGAACGUGGCCCGCGUUCCCAAAUCAUUCGGGCAUAAAACCGAAGAGGAUCAGCGCGUCAGACGUGAAUUUUUAGAGUAACAGAAGAAAAACUGUGCGGGCGCCGUCCACAUACGAAGCUUUCUCUCGGCUUAUCUUUAAGCUACCUAGUGGCAUCUACAUUGUUAUAGAAUAUUAUUCCAAAUAAUUGACGCGUAAUCAUAUCAUAUAACUUUCCUAACGCUUCCUUAUUCUCUUUCGCACCCUCCCCUAAUCUUACCUCCAUCCUUUCAUCCAUCCCUCGCCAACCUACUUCCUUAAUCAUUUACCCUUCCCUCUCCUCACAUCUAAUCGAAUUACUCGCUCUAUUCUUACCAUUAUUAUAGAUGUAUUAUAUUGAAUUAAAACUGUAUCGAUUAGGUCUAUACAUACGAAUAUAUAUAUAUAUAUACACACACACAUUAUAUGUAUUACUAUAUAUGUAUUAUAUAUGUAUGUAUAUAUAUAUAUAUACGUGUAGAUUCACAAAAACACAAGUAACAAAAAUAAGGAAAUAACACGAACAACGUUGACAACAAAAGCAUCGCUAUUUAAGUAGUACAACUUUUGCCCGACUUGCCAAACUCGCGUGAAAAAGCAACAGGAAUUAUAAAGAUGACGAACCAACCAACCAAACAACCAACCACGAUCCAUCGUCGCUCUUCUGGAAUCGAUUUGACGAUUCGAUAAACGUGAAAUGGAAUACGCGCGUGUCGCGCGGUGCUCUCGAGAGUGUUGGAAGAUCAGAAGAGAAAGAAGGAGAUUUGACGCGUGCACGCGCGUAUGUGAACACUUCUCUAAUCCGAAUUAAGGAAAUUGCGCGAAACGGAAACACUGUGGAGUGUGGCUCGAGCGUUGGUCGAAACGACGUCACAGCGUUUUGAAGCGCGGAAGAGAGAAUGGAAGAGAAAAAGGGGAUGUGAGUGUCCUUCGAACGGGGGACCACCUACGUCCGCAUAAGUGAGAAAGAGAGAUUAAUUAAUCGGAAGCGUGUGAAUGAGAGAAAUAGAACGAAAGGGAAUGUUCGCGUGAAUUGUACUAUGUACGUGUAUGCGUUGGGCAACGUGGCAUAGAUUCGACAGAAAUCUAAAUUUUCAGCUAUUAUCGAAUAUAUGCGUACCGAUUGGUAAUGAAAAAAGCGACGAAAAAAAGGAUGGAAUUAUUUAAAAGGAUACGACAUCGGAGUCCGUUUGACAGGAUGCAGAUAGAGCUAAAAAUACGAAAAGAUGAGAAUAAAACGAUGGAAGAAUUUGUUAUAUUUUCUUUAUUACGUACUAAAUCUGAUUGUUUAUUUAUGAGCUGUUUAUUUUACAUGUUUUUUGUAGUUUUGUUUUUGUUAAAUGCGAAGCGAAAAUGUAAGAGUGAUUGAGACUACUGCCGAGUUGUAUUUUCUUCUUCUUUUUUUCUUUUUUUUUUUUUCUCCUCUUUAAUCAUACAAUUAAUGCUAUUAUCGUUUUUUCUACGUUUCCGAGAUUAUGUACAGAUAUUUAUAAAAACGUUGCGACUUCGAAAGACGUCGAUUUCGUCUCGUAACAAGCGGAGAGCACUUUCCCGAUAGGCCAUCGGAGUGAGAUCUCUCCGUGCCAUAAAAAUGCGCGACCACGAUACGAUACGAUUCGAUCGUCUUUCGAAGACAAAAGGAAAAGAAGAAGCAAGAAUGUGUCGGACGAAAAAAUGCAUCUAAUUGUAAUAUAUUAUCACUAUAUAAGUUUCUCUUUUUACUGUGUUCGUUAGAGAAUCUUACGAUCGAUUUGCGUGUGUUACGCAACACCGCUACGCGCAUAGACUCGGAAUUGGAUGUAAGCACUUUUUUCCGCAGACUCGAGUAAAAUUUUCAUUAAAAUGUAAAACAACGUAGUUGUGCACGCAAACAUAAUAAUUCCUUGGCUUCCAUUGCUUACAACUAGUUCCGGAAGUCGAUAAGCUGGACGAACGUGUCGGUGGUCUACGCUCUAAGUGUUGUUUCUAUUAUUGGCAGCUGUCCCAUUUUUCGCGCGUGCGUCGAAUACUGUUACUUUUAACGAGGGUUUUUUUAUGGUAGUUCUAUGCUCGCGAGUGUACAACAUCGUGUGUAUCCUGCCGGUUAGUUUCUUAGCGGGUCGAUGAUGCCUCGAGAAUUUCACGUUCGAACAGAGAGAGAGAGGGGUAGCUGUCUCAGCGACUAUUCGCGAGAACGCGAAUUUUCCCUCUCCCCUUAUCUCUUCCCAGUGAAACGAUCGUGCGAUUCUCGAACUUCCGUUUUGUUAAGUUCUUCGUCCUUAUAAAUAACUUUCGUCGGCUAUAUAUCGUCCUGCGCCGUUAAACGGUUACUUAAAUAUUGUUUAUUGUUUCGAGGAUUAAGUAUAAUAUACGCGAGUGAUGGUUAUUCUUAGAAAGUAAGUCGAAGACGAGCGGAAAAACGGAGGGAAGAUAAACGUAACUAGAAAAGUAAGAGCCACGUAGCCGGGUUUGUGCACAUGUCGCAUUUUUUUAACUCUCGAGUCGCCAAUGACAGUGGGAUUUCGAUGUCGAAAGUUUCUCUUUCGAGUGUUCGAUGCUUCGACGCGAUGUACUGUGAUCGUUAUUGUUUUCUCUGCGCAAAAACAAAAGUCGUUGUUCCUCGUUUUUUUCUUUUCUUUUCUUUUUUUUUUUUUUUUCUGUAGAACAAUUCAACAUCGAAUUUCUUCUCACGGUACUGUUGUAGUUCAACUCGUGAACCAUUCGUCGGAAGAACCGUGCACACGCGUUUUCGAAUCUCUCCACAGACAUACACAUACACGAACACAUAUACAUACGAUAUACAGGUGUUCACACAUGCUCACCGUGCAAAUUCGCAUACGUAACGUACACAUACUCACGCAUGUACCAUUCGAAGGUAAAAAGAAAAAAAAAAAAAAGAAAAAAGGCAACAUACGAAAAAAAAUAUCAGAAAACCGAGAAUAUUUAGGUCUUAUAAUUAUCGUCUUGCUGUACCUACGUUAAAUGAAUGGAAAGCCGUGUAUUACUUCAAGAGUUUCUUCGAUGUAAAUAUUAACACUACGUAACGUUAACGUUGCUCAGUGAGCGAGGGACCGCGGCGAUCCAUCGAUCGGGUAUAAUUAAUCGAGAGGCGACUUUGUUGACCGCUCGAUUGAUUGGUCGGUGGUGGAGAGAGCCGCGGUUGCUCGCGUGCCGCUGGAUGAUACCUAAUUAAUGUAAUGCUAGAACGAUAAGAGAGCGUAGCUGUCCUUCAAUACCUACCUACCACGUUAAGAGUAAUAAAAGUAACGGAAUAAUGGAGUCUCGUGUCUACUGACUAUUUCAAGAAUUAGUAUUAUACCGUACGAUGAAAAAGGUGACGACGACGAGGGUGGCGAUUGACGAUGACAUUGACAGGCGAAAAGUUAAUCCAUUGACAAUGAAUGUAAAUGUAUCCAUUUUCGAAACUUGAUGUAGAAUUAUACUCAUAAGCUAUAUCUAUGAUAUACAAACGAAAUAAAAGCGUAUAGUAAAUUA